AAAGAUGGCGGCGCAGAUUAUAACUUCUUAGACUCUCUUUUAAACUUCAGAGCUUCAUAAUGUCUUUUAUUUAAUAUCUGUGACCCAGAUAUUUUCCGAAUGUGUUGUCUGUUUUUAUUUCAGUGUGUGUAAAGUUUAAUGCGGUGAAAUGAGCGGCUGGGCGGGUUUUUCUGACGAGGAAUUGCGGAAAAUGCAGCAGAAAGACCCUGCGGGGCCCGCAGCGGCAGCAGGCCGCGGCAGGAGGCCGGGUCCGAGUAACCGGAGUCGGCAGCAGCUGCAGCGGGAACGGGCUCUGCAGUUAGCCGCUCAGAGAACCGCGGAGUCCGGCUCUGCUCCUCUUCCCCCGGACCAGAAGCUCACCAAGCCUCCGCCCAAGGACGAACCUCAGGCCGGAGCCGCUGAAGGAGCUCCGGGUGUCAAACAGGAGGCUCCGGCAGAGGAGAAGCACCGACCGGCCGCAGUGGAGGAGACGGACUGUCCGGUGAAAGAGCUGGAAAAACAAGAGGUGGAACUUCGGGAAAAGAGUCGUCUGGAGCAGCUUCAACAGGAGCAGAAGAUCAUCGAAGAGAGGAAUAAACGCAAGAAAGCUCUGCUGGCAAAAACCAUCGCAGAGAAGUCCAAACAGACUCAGGCCGAGGCCGUGAAGCUGAAGCGGAUCCAGAAGGAGCUUCAGGCUCUCGACGACAUGGUGUCCAACGACAUCGGCAUCCUGAGAGGGAAGAUCGAGCAGGCCAGCUGGGACUACAGCACCGCCAGAAAACGCUACGAGAAGGCGGAGGCCGAGUACGUGGCGGCGAAACUGGACCUGCACAGGAGGACGGAGGUGAAGGAGCAGCUGACGGAGCAUCUGUGCGCCAUCAUCCAACAGAACGAGCUGAGGAAAGCCCACAAACUGGAGGAGCUGAUGGAGCAGCUGCAGCUCCAGGCCCACGAAGAGGAGCAGGAGGAGGAGGAGGUGAAGAGGAGGACCAAGGAGGAGGAGGUGAAGUGGAGGACCAAGGAGCAUGAGGAGAAGCAGGGGAACGGAGCGCCGGCCAAUCAGGAGGAGGCGCCGCACUCCAACACAGACGGUACCAACACAGACCAACAGACAGCGACGGCAAAACCUGAGACUGACGGCGAGGAAGACGGUGGAAAACGGAGUUCAGAGUGAAGCGGUGGUUUCCUGAUGAGCGGGAGGAGGUU